GUUAAACUCUGCUGUCGUCGGUUACGAGUAUGGGGAUUGCAUCUGUGGUGUGUGUUAUCGUUUCAGUUCCUAUAUGUCCAGUGUGAAAAAUAAAGGAAUGAAUAAUGGAGGUUGAUCCCCACAGAAGAAGAAAACAAGCAAGUUGGCAUGAUUUUUUCUGAAUAUUAAGUUACUGUAUGAUGCGUCCUCACCAUCUUCUGUCUAUAUAUGCCAAAAGACAUGAGUUAGCCAGAACAGGGGAACCAGUAGCAUCUCCAUUAUCAAGAGUGGCCAGAGGGGAUGGAAUCUCUCUCCGUCCCGAGUGUGCGGCCACCGGCGGAGUCGAUGUGCCGCCAAGGUAUCUCCGACCAGAGGCGGAAGCGGUCACCGGUGCCGGUGACGGCAACGGCAACGGGGAGGCUCAGAUCCCCAUCAUCGACCACCGGAGGCUGCUGCUGGAGCUGGACCGCCGCGGCGAGGAGUCCUCACGCCUCCACAGAGCCUGCCAGGACUGGGGCUUCUUCCAGAUGUUGACGAACGGGAGGUACCGGAGCAUCGAGCACCGCGUGGUGGUGGACCCCGAGGAGGAGCGGCUGUCGGUGGCGGCGUUCCACUCGCCAAACACCCGCGCCACUGAAGGAGCUCGUGGUGGGUGCCGACGGGGAAGAAGACGUGGCGUAUGGGACGGUGGAGCAUGGGAGGCUGAGGGAGCUCUUCUUGGCGACGAAGCUGGAGGGGGGAAGAGCUUCUUGGAGCGGAUGAAGCUCCCGAGUAGAAGUAGUAGCUGAACCUAAUGGUGCCUGUCGCAGCAAGUCGUUGUCUCCGAAUUGGUUGCUGUUUUCAGCUUUUCCUUUGUGGUGUGGUGUGGAGAGGGAUGAGCAUUGUGGUGGAUGCUGCCGUGUUGUGUGUGGGAAUCAAUGUUCACAUGCUUCUUUGACGAGGGAUGUGUUGUAUACACAAAUAAUAACAACAACAAAAGGGUCUUCUUAUGACAA